AUGGCGAAUCAUUAUGAAGCCUUGGGCUUGGGUCAUCGCCAAUUUGAUGGGAGUUUGACCGCUCAAGACAUCAAGCAGGCAUAUCGCAAAGCGUUGCUCGAACAUCACCCAGACAAAGCGCAAGCCGGAGACGCUUCUCGAACCGUGGAUUCCAUCACAGUCGCCUACAAAACUCUGUCUGAGCCCGAGGCCAAAACCAAUUAUGAUCGUGAGCUACGUUUGCAGCAUGCGCGCAACAGAAGCGACGACAAAAUCUUCCAUACCGGACUUGAUAUUGUAGAUCUGGAUGACUUGGACUACGAUGAGAAGACUGGUGAGUGGUGGAGAAGUUGCAGAUGUGGCCAGGAUCGUGGCUUUGUUAUCACCGAAGACGAGCUGGAGAAUGAGUCGCGCUACGGAGAACUCAUCACGGGCUGCAAGGGCUGCAGUCUGUGGCUCAAAGUCUUGUUCGGAGUUGAGGACGAAGAGCAAGAUGUCAAAAGUGUUGCUUGA